UUUAAGCUUGAAAAUGAAGUGGUCGUUUACAUUAUAAAACAUCCUGGUCUGUUGGUUAUAUAAGCAUGAUUUCCAUGCUAUUUGCCAAUCAUUCGGGACAUCUCCGAGAUGGUCAUGAUACAGAUGAUACUGGUGCAUCUUGCAACGGCUCUUCUUCUAUAUGGCGUCACAGCCGAUCAGACGACGUUACAAUAUACCUAUACGAGUUACGUCUAUCUUUGGGGUGAAACGAAGCAAACAUUCCGUGUUUCUGCAAUUGUAGAGGUGGACGAAAUAGGACCUGCCAAGGGCCCGUACGAAGGAACCGAGGCUGUUCUUUAUUUAGUCCAUUUGCAUCAUAUUAAGAUCGACCCUAUAAAAGAUGGCAAAGUGAUCAAAGAUAAAUCUGACGUAAAUAAGACAGCAGGCGAACGGGUGAAGAAACGGCCACUUGAUGAAGUGUACAAGAAACCAUUCCGCUUCAUCCAGAGGA